AUGGCGAGCAAGUCGAAGCCGACAGCCCCCGCCACUCGCGCGUCAACUCGUGCUACCAGAUCGUCGUCUCAAACUACCGCACCUUCACCCGCACCAGCAGCCGCGCGUGCCACCCGUACCACAGCCAAGACAGUCCCAUCUCGUCCCCCAUCUGUACAAUCCAAUGCCUUGCGAAAGCCCCUUGUUAAUAGAGCCAAUGCUACUGACAUGAAACUCAUGGCGAAGAACGCCGCGCCUGCUACCAAAGUUCCUUCUCAGGCUCCCAAAAAUGUUACUGUGUUGACCGAUGAAGACAGAGAACCAAUCAAAGCGUUUUUGCGCAUACGCCCCCAUUUGAACCAAGAUGGCCCAACAACAUCGCCCUAUCUCGAGCACCUCUCCGAUACGUCAGUGCGGAUGACUGAACCCAAUAUUGACCAAGCUUCUGGCGUCGCCCCUCGCCCACGCUUUCGACCAUCAGCUGUUUUGCCCUCAUCGGUUUAUACUUUCUCUCAUGUCUUCCCAGCGGCCACUCAGCAGCCUGAGUUCUUCACAAAGACAACUUUGCCCCUGGUUAGAGGUCUACUCGACGGCGAAAAUGGAUUGCUGUUUGCGUAUGGCGUUACAAACUCUGGGAAGACAUUCACGAUGCAAGGCGGCGCUCGCGAAGGGUCUGCAGGCAUUCUUCCUAGGACUCUCGAUGUGAUCUUCAACAGCAUCGAGGGAUUGCACAGUGAUUCACGCUGCUCCCCUCUUCGCCUGCAAGGCGUGGAGUUAGGCGAUGUCUCUUCCAAGGUGCACACCCAUGCACCAUCUUUGGACAACCUGUCUCUUCCAACCAAUGAACCUGUCUUAGCUGAGGUUCUUGCUGAGCACCUCGACUCCACUGCGAUUCUCGACACAGAUAUCGACGCAACUGUGCUGAGUGUCGACCGAAACUAUGAGUACUCGAUUUGGCUAUCCUACGCGGAGGUGUACAAUGAGAAAAUCUACGAUCUGUUAGCUGACGUCUCUGAGACCAGUGCCACUCCAACAAGCGCACAUCCUCUUCUGCUCACGCGAAAAGCGUUGCCCAUCAAGCCUUCCCCUCCACAUGAUAGCCCUGACGGGCCUCCGGGAACGUCGACAGGGAAAUACAUUUCUGGGAUGAGACAGCUGCGAGUCAACAGUGCGAGCGAAGCGAAACGCUUAGUGAAGCUUGGACAGCUCCAUCGGCGAGUGUUCGGAACCCUCGCGAACAGUCAAAGUAGCAGGAGUCACGGAGUCGUCACAAUCAAGCUACUCAAGAGGCACCGAGGCGAGAAGGACGUACCUUCGUCGUAUACCACAGCUCGCCUGACUCUCAUUGACCUCGCUGGAUCUGAGCGGACCAAGCAUACUCAGACGACCGGCGAGCGCCUGAGAGAAGCAGGUAACAUUAACAAGUCGCUCAUGGUCCUUGGACAGUGCAUGGAGGUCAUGCGUGCCAAUCAGCGACGUGUGGCACAGAGUCUGGCAGCCCCGAGGAACGAACGAUCAGAUACACGGGACGUCAAGAAGACCCUGGCGGUCGUCCCCUUCAGACACAGUAAAUUGACGGAGAUCCUCAUGGACUACUUCGUCGGAGACGGACGCGCUGUCAUGAUCGUGAACGUGAACCCGUACGACACCGGUUUCGACGAGAACACGCAUGUGAUGCGAUUUGCUGCCUUGGCGAAGGACGUCUUCACUCCUGCGCCCGCCCAGCGCGUGCCGCCGGUCCAGCGCAAGAUCGGUCUGGGUGCGCCACCGCGACCAGGCGUCAGAAACAGCGAGGUCAUCCCUCAUUACCGCAAAGUGACCAUAUCUACCGGAGGCCAUGAUGGGCGCAAGGUCAGCAGAACUGAAGUCCAGGUCGCCGAAAUGGACGAAGAUCCGGGAGACUCUGGAGACGAGUACGAAGAUGAGCCUCUAAACCCGCUCGUCGAAGCGCUGUUUGACGAACUCGAGACUCUCCGUAUACAGGUUCGUUCACAUAUUCAUUUAUCAAUCCGACUGGUCGAAUCCGAAAUGCGCUGCGUCAUUAUCGAGGCCGAAACACGCGACGAGGUUAUUCGCGAGAUGGAAGUGCGCAUGGCUGAUAUGCAGAAGACGUUCGCUCGCAGACUGAUGAACGAGGCGAGCUUUCUUCGUUUUUUGAUUGCGGACAGCGAGGCCGAGACGGAAAGCAAAGUCUCUGAGAGCGCUGGAGAUGAUGAUUCCGAGGGCGGCGAUGUCGAUGACGAUGACGAUGAUGAUAAUGAUGAGGAAGACGACGAGGACGAUGACGAAAGCUAUGUGGACGACGAGACGGAGGCGGAAGAGACCGCACAGCAGACAGAGGAUUCUGACGAAUCUGAGCCGGAAGCGCCGAUGCCUUCACAGCGCGAAAGCAUCUCGUCCUCGUCCAGGUCCUCGCGUUCCCUCCAUGCGAGCCAAACGUCGAAGCCACUUCCAGUCCCGCCUUCUCUCGUCUUCGAGGACGAUGUCAAAGCAGCGCGCAAACAGGCGGAGAGCAAGAAACCUGUGCGCGGUGGUGGCAAGAAGGUAUCGCACCUGGCGGACGACCUGAAGGCGCUGGACUUGUCAGGUGGCGCACCAUCCUCGUCGGCUCGGACCACUCGAAAGUCUACGCGCGCAUCUACGUCGCAGAAGAUGGUUCUCGACGAGGAGUAUGCUUGGGAUCAGGCAGGGCCAGACGAUUCAACAGUGAUCGUGCCGAACACGCAGGGACCGAAAGGAAAAAAGAGGUAA